GUGUAGACACGCCGGACAACAUUAAUACACCUGAUUGUGCAUACAUACGUGUAUACGUUCGUGCCUGCCUUCGUUGUACACGACUCUCGACCCCACCUCAACGUGUCCCACCUCUACCCGCCGUGUCCCAUGUCGUAUACCUUGAUUUCGUACAUUGCACACCUUUCGGACUCGUGGGCAUGAGACGCACUGUAUCGCAGCAGUAAUGAAUUCCGAAGAUACAAUUGAUAGUGCGGCAGCAGCAGCAGCAGCUAAUCCUUCUGAUGUAGUUAUAAAAACAAAAAAUUGGGUCCAGUUUGAAGAGGAGCCAGGUCCAAAGGAAACUACUGACACAGAGAGAAAAACCAACAAUAGUACACCAGCUGUAAUACAACCUGAGUCAGUAACAGUGCAAGUUGACAAAAUUAGUAAAAGUAUUGAACAACCUGAUAUUAAUGAUAAGAAAACUAAUGAGUAUAGAGGUGCUGUGAUAGCAACUGAAUCCGUCCAGAUUAAUUUAGAUAGAUCAGGUUUAAGCCGUUCCAUCACGUCCGAUACUCCUGAUCUUAAAUUACCAUCUGAUGUUAGAGCAACGGAAGCCAAAAGUGCUUCUUUAAAAACUAUUGAUCUAAGGGAUACAUCAAAUGGUAGAAGUACAUCAAGUAAUGUUAUCAGUACAUCUAUUGGAAAUAUUAGACAGGGUUUUGCCAAUGGUGAUACCAUUGUUACCCUCUUACCAGUGAAUACUAGAUGGCCAUGGAUUACUCCAGCUAGAUUUAGACCAGAGUUAGUACCAGAAGAAUUAAUGGCACAAGGGCUAACACUUACAGUGGAAGAUUAUGUUCACAUAAUGGAGUUACUUGUGAAUGAUGUACGUUUUAACAUGUAUAACGUCUGCUACAAGAGGAUUCUUGUUCUUUGGAUAUUCACCGCCUUUGUUGUGUUACUUGGUCUACUAUUCUCUGGAGUGACUGGUCUUACCUUAUUUGGACUUGGUGUCAUGUGGUUGAUUUUGAAUGCAGCUGCAAUAUUUGUUUGUAUGUUCAUUAAGAUAAAGCUCAAUCACAAUCUUGAAAAAUGUAUGGCUCAAGUUAACAAACAUUUAUUGAGACAUAAAAUAUUACUUGGAUUGGAUGACAGAGGGAAGAUCUCAUGCCACAAAGUUAAUCUGUGUUUUAUAUACUUUGAUACUGCUGACUGUGUUAAAAAACUACAAGAAGUAAUCGAAAGAGAAGAACGGGAAGGUAGAGUGAUCGGCAAUAGUGACGAUGCGAAUGAAUUAAGCCGACAACGAGAAUUACAGCAACGUAUGGACAUUGAUGACAGUGAUAUUGUUAUACAAGGCAGCACCACUACGAGAAUAUCUCGUAAACAGGGUAAGAACGAACAAGUAUUCUGCCGUUAUGUACAACGUUGGGCGAAGGAUUACUUACGUCGACGUUUGGAUUGGACAGUUGACGAGGAGGGUGGAAACCCUUCUUCACCUCGUCACUUAGCGUCCGCACUGUGUCCAUGUCAAUAUAUAGAGGAAUGGUUACGUAAUAAGCCACGCGUUCAGGGCCGAGAUUUUUGUCCUAGAUGGAGUAGUUUUCUGAGAGAUAGAGGCAUUUAAAAAAGGGCAUUUCAUAUCUCAAAGAAAAGUUUACAUAAAAAAUAAUAUAAAAUUUAUAUAAAAGAAAGAGAAGAGAGAAGAGAAGAUUCUUACAGUUGUAUACAUUUGUAACAGAAGUUAUACAAUAAUGCUUACUUUAUUGUUGUUACGGCAACGUACAGAAACUUAUUCCUAAUUUACUCUAAAUAAUAAAUGGGACAAUAUAUAGAAUUUUAUAAAGUAUAAAAAAGAGAUCUUUGCACUUUCGAAUAUAAGUUUUGAUGUUGAACAUUUUAAAAAGCAGCUU